AUUUUUUGUUUUGUCGCGCGUCGAUCGCACUAGCGGACGAGUUUUUAUAUAAAAAGGAAUAAAAUUAACAGCACGGUAUCAGUUUAUACAUUGAAGUCGAUACGUGAAUUUUGUAUUACUUUUUACCUUCAGUUACUGUGAUAAUCAAGAAAAUGAAAGCUAUCGUGGUGUUAAGUUGUUGUGUAAUGGCGGUCCUCGCUCAUGAACCACCACACCAUGAGCACCAUCAUAUACCACCCCCACCACCCCAUCAUCAUGAGCAUAAGGAGCAUCACCAUAUACCACCCCCACCUCCUCAUCAUGAGCAUAAGGAGCAUCACCAUAUACCUCCACCACCCCCUCAUCACGAGCAUCACCAUCAACCCCCUCAUCAUGUACCACAUCAUCACGAAGAACACAAACCUCACCACAUACCACCACCACCACACCAUGAACAUAAACCCCCUCAUCAUAUUCCACCUCCGCCACCACAUCAUCAUGAGGAACACAAACCUCACCAUAUUCCACCACCUCAUCAUGGUGGACAUCAUGAAGGAGGAUUUGGCGGUCAAGGUAUUGGCGGAGGACAAGGUGGAUUUGGUGGUCAAGGAAUUGGAGGCCAAGGUUUAGGUGGUGGUCAAGGAUUAGGAGGUGGUCAAGGAUUAGGUGGCGGACAAGGAUUAGGCGGUGGCCAAGGUAUUGGUGGUGGUCAAGGCCUUGGUGGAGGUCAAGAUUUAGGAGGAUUCAACCAAGGUUUAGGUGGACAACAAGGAGGAUUAGGUGGUCAAGGAUUAGGUGGUCAAGGAUUAGGUGGUCAACAAGGAGGAUUAGGUGGUCAAGGAUUAGGUGGACAACAAGGUGGAUUUGGUGGCCAAGGGUUAGGACAACAAGGAGGAUUAGGCGGCCAAGGAUUAGGACAACAAGGAGGAUUAGGCGGCCAAGGAUUAGGUCAACAAGGAGGAUUUGGUGGCCAAGGAUUAGGACAACAAGGAGGAUUAGGACAACAAGGAUUAGGAGGACAACAAGGAGGAUUCGGUGGCCAAGGAUUAGGUCAACAAGGUGGACUCGGCGGUCAAUCAUUGGGACAAGGCAUCAAUCAAGGAUUUUAAUAAUCAAGGUAUCUGAAACCUACCUAGUUUCUUACGUUUUCCUAUCAACUUUUGAAAGAUGAACGAACUGAUUAAAAUGUAGCCCAUGUCUCUGUCACGGUGAUCAGACGAGAAAGACAGUUUAAAUUAAAUUCAUUGUUUCCUAAAUUUUUUACGACCAUUAUUUUGUGUAUUGUAUAUUUACCACUUCUUAUUUUUAAAAAAUCUCUCCAAACUCUAUUCAACCACAUGCAUUUGUAUCUUUGUAAUUUAUUGUUUUGAAUUAAAUUAAAAUUUUUAAUUGUACCGCA